GGAAACUUUCUAUAAAACCAUGGACCUGCCUAGGUUUUGGCUGUGGUGAAAUCUUAACUGGUCUGUAAAACAUUCAGUAACAAAGUUGUAGCAUCAUGGCCAGUUAUAAGCUGAUCCUCUGCCUCCUCCUUGUGACGCUGCUGUCCCUCGCCUACGCCAAGAAAAGCUACGGGUACCGUAACGAGGACAAGAGCCACGGGUACAAGAUGAAGAAGUACGGGGAGGAGCGGGGCUACAACCACUACAACAGGGAGAACCACUACGGUGAGAAGAGCUACGGCUACAGGAACAAGGAGAAGUCCCGCCGUGGUUACGAGGAGAAGCACAGAAGCUACGGGAACAAGAGCUACGGGAACAAGAGCUACGGGAACAAGAGCUACCGUAACGACAGCUACAAGCAGGAGUCUAGAGUGUACAAGCCCAGAUACAAUGGUAGAAGGGCCGACCAGUGAGGU